AGCGAGGCGGAGGGAGACGAGCAGGAAUUCAGUAGCGCUGAGCUCAAGGCAAGCUCUCUCAAUCAAAGCCCAAACGAGGAGGAGGAGGAGGAAGCUCUGCGGAGACAUGUAAGAUGGCAGAGCUGCAGAUGUUACUAGAGGAAGAAAUCCCCGCCGGUAAAAGGGCUCUCUUGGAGAGUUACCAGAACCUCACCAGGGUUGCGGAUUACUGUGAAAAUAACUAUGUCCAGGCACCGGAUAAAAGGAAAGCCUUGGAGGAGACCAAAGCAUACACCACCCAGUCCCUGGCGAGUGUGGCCUAUCAGAUCAACGCCUUAGCCAACAAUGUCCUGCAGUUGCUGGAUAUCCAGGCCUCCCAGCUGCGCAGGAUGGAGUCGUCCAUUAACCACAUAUCUCAGACGGUGGAUAUCCAUAAGGAGAAAGUCGCCCGACGAGAGAUUGGCAUCCUGACAACAAAUAAGAACACAGCAAGGACUCAUAAGAUCAUUGCUCCUGCCAACAUGGAGCGGCCGGUGAGGUACAUCAGGAAACCCAUCGACUUCACAGUACUGGAUGAUGUGGGCCAUGGAGUGAAGUGGCUUAAAGCCAAGCAACAUGGAAACAACCAGUCGAUCAGAGGAGGAACUCUCUCCAGGACGAACCCACCGACACAGAAACCUCCCAGCCCACCCAUGCCAGGACGAGGCACACUUGGGCGUAACACUUCCUAUAAAACUCUGGAGCCUGUGAAACCUCCUACAGUGCCUAAUGAUUAUAUGACGAGUCCUGCUCGCCUGGGCACCCAACACAGCCCGGGACGCACUGCCUCUCUCAGCCAGAGACCAAGAACCCACAGCGGCAGCAGUGGUGGUAGCAGCAGUCGUGAGAACAGCGGCAGCAGCAGCAUCGGACUUCCCAUCGCUGUGCCGACUCCCUCCAUUCCCAACUCAAUCCCAGUCACACCCAUGUCAUGGGCCGCUCCUCCCCCGGCCCCUCCUCCACCACCCCCUCUCUUCGGUCCAGGUCCACCAAUUCCAGGUUCUGUUUUAGCUGUGGCCCCUGGGCCGGGCCUGGGGCCCAUCCCCAUGUCGCAGUUCGGCACAAUAUCUCGACAGAUUUCCCGACACAACUCCACCACCUCCUCAGUCUCCAUGGUUUCUGCCACGGGCACGUACCGCCGAGCGCCGUCUGUCUCGUCGCAGUUCUCCAUGCAGCAGCCGCACGUUAAUGGUGGCAUUAACGCAAUGUCUAUAGCCCCUCCACCUCCACCCAUGCCCCAGCUCACUCCACAGAUUCCCCUCACAGGCUUUGUGGCCAGAGUACAGGAAAACAUUGCAGAUACCCCAACUCCUCCGCCUCCCCCUCCACCUGAUGACAUUCCCAUGUUCGACGAUGCCCCACCUCCACCCCCACCACCGCCAGCUGACUAUGAAGAUGAAGAGGCAGCCGUAGUGCAGUACAAUGACCCAUACGCAGAUGGAGAUCCGCAGUGGGCUCCAAAGACCUACAUGGAGAAAGUGGUGGCCAUCUAUGACUACACCAAGGAUAAGGAUGAUGAACUGACCUUCAUCGAAGGAUCCAUCAUCUACAUCAUCAAGAAGAAUGAUGACGGCUGGUAUGAGGGAGUUUGUAACGGUGUCACUGGUUUGUUUCCCGGCAACUACGUGGAGUCAGUCAUGCACUAUGCCGAUUGAAGGGACCAAACUUAAAACAAAUACACAAUCAAAUCAUGACCGCCGUAUGAAAGUGUAUUAGGUUGGUAGAAUGUUAAACAAAUGACUCUUUAUUUUGUGUUAAUGGGUGGAUGUGGGUUAAAGGGAUGGACCAACAGUUCAGAAGUCGGGGAAGUCUGUGUACAUAAAAUGAAAAUUUAGCCGGGUUUUUGUAGUGAAUGUCAAUCAAAGUAUCUUAAACGGUCAAUACCACAUGUGAACAUGUAAAGUAGAUGAUUGUUUACCACUUUUACUGCAUUGUUUUUUUUCAACUAAAAUUUAUCUCCUUUCCUCUAGAGCUGCAAAACGAUUAAUCGCGACUAAUCGUUUGCAAAAUAUGUUUACAUCAUGUGUGUGUACUGUGUUUAAUAAUUAUCUGUAUAUAUAAAUACACAGAUCCAAAUGUAUUUUUAUAAUUUAUAUUAUAUAUAAUUAUAAAUACUUAAGAUAUUUUUAUUAUACAUGCAUGUCUGUGUAUUUAUAUAUACAUAAUUAUUAUACACAGUACACAAACAUAUGAUAUAAACAAAAACUUUUAAUUUUCGAUUAAUUGUUUUGCAGCCCUACUUCCCCUCUACAUGCACAUUCAUUUGGCCAUUUUAGUCACAAUUCAUUUUAGCAUUUUAUCUUAACACCACGUCAUUGCCCCAGACUGUAUCAGAAUCGUAAUGUAAAGCAUGCAAACAAAAUUUGAAAGCGUAUCGUAACGUUUAAUUCCAUUCUGCUUCCAUCAUUGUAUUUACUGUAAGCUCUUGAUUUCUUUUAAUAGCAAAAUUUGUAGAAUACUUAUUUUUAAUGCUCAUUUUGUUUAAUACUGAUAUAAAUCUCUUUUAUUUGAAUGCAAAGCACAGAACUUUAUUUUGAAGCCUGCACAGUUUCUCCCUUUAAUGAUGGAUUUUUAGUUCAUGCCAAAAUGACUAAAUGAUAGUAUUUACAACAAUGAACAAAAUAUGUAGAUAUGUAGGCAGUCAAGUAUCUAAAGGUCUCUAAUUAAUACAAAUCUUUACUCCUACAAUGCUGGACUUAAGUUUGUGCCAUGAUCUGUAACAAUAACCGCCAUGUUGUAUUUUACAGUAAAGAGACCAAAUCACAGCUGGUGUAGCUUUUGUGCUUUAAACAAUGAACUCAAAGAUGUCAAUCGGUUUUAGUUCAGUUCUGAUCCGGUCUAGUCUCCUAAUUCAGAUCGUCACUCAUGUUUUGCUUUAAUUCCUUAAUUAUGAUUGGAGAAUUUUUUUCUUAGGAGUGAUUUUUUUAGAUCUGAUUAUUGUGUUUAAGCACUAGGAUUUUAUUGAAAGUAACUACAUCUGACCACUGUCAGUUAUUACAGGAGUUUAAUGCCUUUUAUCAUUCAGAAACAUCUGAAGUGUUCCAGCUGAAAUCCAUCUGGGUCUGUGCCCAGGAUUUGUAUUUAUAUUAUGUUAAUUGAAAUGUAAUUGUACAGUCUUUUAUAAUAAAUCAUUCUAUGUAAAUGUU